CUUUACAACCAUAAAAUAAUUAAUCCAUUGGAUCUAAUCUCACCUUAUUUCUUUAAUUUAUUAACAUUUUUAAAUAUUUUUUGGCUAAUUUUCUUUUUAAAAAUUUCCAUUUUUAUUUUAAUAAUCCCUCUAUGUCAGUGCUUACUGAUUGGUUACCCAUAAACUGUACCAAAAGUACACAACUUUAGCCUCAUAAAAUUACAAUAUUUUCUGCGAUCAUCAAAUCAUUGAACAAAAAGAUAAAUCACUGACUCCCAGAUGAACAUUUUGAUUAAUCUUCACCCUCUAUCUUCUUGAAUUUGCAAAAUAAUUUCUGGGUUUUUCUUAAUCUUGAAAAAAAAAUCUGGGUUUUCUCCAAAAAAAAAAAUUAAAAAUUGGUAGGAGUUGCUUCAGUUCUACUUCAUGUAGUUAAAUUCCCUUUCCACUUUUGAAUUUAUUCCGUGAAUGAGUGUUCUUUCGGCAUUGAUUCUACACCCUGUACUCUGCAUUCACUUUUACAGCCUCUCACCUAUCUGAUGAAACUUCUGUUCUGUUUUCUUCUGUUACAACAGAAGUACAGUACAGUAUAGAUUUUGCUUACUUUUCACUCCAAAUAGAGCAGGGAAUAAGGUAACUCAUCUAUUGGCAAGACGGAACACUAUACUAGCAACGAUUCCAUAUAUAUUUGGCGGAGCUUGAUUUAAUAUAAACUCUUUUUUUGGUGGGGUUUGAGAAAAUGUUUAUUUCCAGUGUUGAAGAAGAGAUCUAUUUGAAAUGUUCAGAUGGUACAAAUGGGAUUUUUCCAAUUCAGGAAUAUCCCACCAUUUCUACUCAUACAACAAAUGUGGUCCCUGAGAAAACACAGAGUGAUCUCAGUCUGUUAUUGUCAAAUUUAGAGGAAGAGAUUAUGGGAUUAAGGUCUAAGCAAAAGAAUUUGGAUGAAAAGCGAAGAGGGUUGUUAAAUAAGAUAUUGGACAUUAAAGGAAGCAUUCGAGUAUUUUGUCGAAUGCGACCAUUAUUAUGGAGCAAUAUCCCAAAAAAUGAUGAUCCUGUUGUGGUUGAUUUGGAUAAAGUUGUUGUAAAAUCAGCUGGAAGCAAGAAAGAAUUUGAGUUUGAUAAGGUGUUUUGUCAAAGUUCAACACAAGAAGAUGUAUUUGUUGAGGUUGAACCAAUUCUCAGAUCUGCACUUGAUGGGCACAAUGUAUGUAUUUUUGCUUAUGGUCAAACUGGCACUGGAAAGACCUUUACAAUGGAAGGGAUGAAUGAUCAACCUGGCAUCGUUCCUCGUGCUCUUAAAGAACUCUUUCAUUAUGCCUCUUUGCAUUCCAAUGCUUGUGUCAGUUUCUCUAUGAGCAUGUUAGAAGUUUACAUGGGCACCUUAAAGGACUUGUUAGUUCGAAAACCAAAUCGUAGAGCAUAUGAACCAGUAACAACACGAUGUAACCUGAACGUUCAAGUUGAUGCAAAAGGAGUAGUUGAAAUUGAAGGUCUUACAGAAGUGCCUAUCUCAGAUAUAUCAAAGGCUACUUGGUGGUACACUAAGGGAAGACGAGCUCGUGCAACUUCAUUCACUAAUGUCAAUGAUGUGUCUAGCAGAUCGCAUUGCUUAAUGAGGAUCAACAUUACUCAUCAUGGAGAGGCACCAGAAGAUCAACCUAGAAUUAGCAAGUUGUGGAUGGUUGAUCUUGGAGGGAGUGAACGGUUGCUGAAAACCGGAGCUACUGGUCUAACGUUAGAUGAAGGAAGGGCUAUAAACCUCUCACUUUCUGCCCUUGGUGAUGUUAUUGCUUCACUCAGAAGAAGACGAACUCAUAUUCCCUACAGAAACAGCAAACUUACCCAAAUUCUGAGAGAUUCGCUUGGAAAGGAAUCAAAGGUUUUAAUGAUUGUGCACGUAAGCCCCGUUGAAGAAGAUCUAGGAGAGACUGUUUGUUCUAUGAGUUUUGCCAAAAGGGCAAGAGGUAUAGACUCAAACCACGAACUGCCUCAGGAAGUAAAGAAAUUAAGACAAAAGAGAAUAGCUGAGCUUUCAGAUGAAAUGAGAGAAGCUGAAGAAGAGUAUCAAAAGGUUAGAGAUCAGUUGCAGAAGGCUGAAUUCCUUCUCAGUGAGAAUAACCGAGUUUAUUCAACUGCCAAUAACAACAACGCAGAAGAUGAAGAAAACAACACCCCAGAAAGCAACAAAACUGAUAUCAUCAAAGAAGUUGUAGAUACCGAAAAACCUAGCAAGAGAAAGUCAUUGCCACACUUUAUGACCUCCACUGCUACCAGUCGGCUGAGGCACAGCGCUGCAGAAAGACAAAAUCAGUUAGCAGCAAGAGUUUUGAGGUCUGGGACAAGAAGCUCCAUGCAACUUUCAGCUUCACAGUCCUUGAGUUUUCUUGAGCCUCGUCUUAAAGCAGUUCUAAGAAGCCGAAGUAGAUAUCAACAUGUCCCUACUGAGACUCAAAACUGCAACAAUGUUGAAUCUGUAUCUUCACCCAAAUCUUCCUCCUUAGCAGCGCAUAAUAAACCAGUAAAACCAUCAGUUGUGAACAGCAGACCUGCAUUGGCUCGUCACAGGAGAAGGAUGUCGAAUCUAAUCUGAUCUAAUUUAAGUAUUUGCUUAUUUUGCGUAGUUUUCGAUUUUUGAGAGUGAUCACUCUCUGAUCCUUAAUUACUAGAAGUUAUUAUUUUUCCUGACUGCAACUCUGCAAGUCAUGGUUUCUCUGGUGUUGUUACAGGACUUGUUGGUUGAUUUAUAAGCUUUCAAGUUUGAGACUGUAAGGCUACCUUGUUUUUAUGUGUAGCCCUACGUUUGAUGUAUGAUUUAGGGAGUAAAGGGUAUAAAUUUGUAUGUUCGGAGUUGUUUUUGAUGGUCUUGUGAGGUGUGUAACUAUAAAUAGCCAUAAACGUGUAAAAUUUUGACUGAAAUUUAUAUAAGAGUUUGUCAUGCUGAUUUUGACA